UAUUGUAAACGACGUAUCGUAUAUAUGUGUACGAUGCGUAUCGGAUCGGAAUUAAAUCGUGAAUUUUUUAAAUUUCAAACUGAUCGACCGUGGCAGUAACGAGAAUUAUUGUCCUGGCUGUGUGAACCUUGUAUUCGGUAGCAAAAGCCGACGUUUCAGUAUGUGAUUAACUGCGAUAGAAUCGCUCCACGUGCACGCCACUCGUGUUUCAUUAAUUUUUCAACAAGUUCAUGUAUAAUUUGUGCGAAAAAGCGACACGCUACGCUGCUGAACUUCGAUAAAACGCGGCAUUCUACGUAGAACUAAAUCAGUAUCCCAUCGCGAGCUUCACGAAAGCUAGAAAGUAUUGCAAUCAAAUCGGGGAGACUUUUUAAUUGUAAAAAAAUUACCGGUGAAUCAUGUCUGAAGCGUUUCAAAGAAGAAAUCAGAAGUUCUCGAGGCAAGCAGCAGGUAGAAUUAACGUGAGAUCGAUUGUAAACCUUCCAAGGAAAGAGAACAAUUUCCCUGAGAAAAGUAAGAAAAAUCCGACUCCGGGAGACGUUUUGAACGAUUAUCUGGAGAGCACUUCGGUGCACGGUUUGCAGUAUUUCGGUAAAAUAGGCAUUAAAGUCGGAGUUCCUGGGAAGAUCCUCUGGACCUGCACCAUACUGACCUGUUUCGUUUGUUUGAGCUUAAUGGUGGUACAAUUUCUCCAGCGUUACAAUCAGAAUCCAACUAAUACUUAUAUAAAAACGUUCGAAGCUCCUAUUUAUCAGGCGCCGUUUCCUGCAGUCACGGUUUGUCCAAUUUCGCCGAUUUCUUUGAAAACGAGCCUCGCCAUUUUGGAGAACUGUUUCGUGCCUGAGAACGUGAGCAGAGAGGUUCUGUUACAUUUGUUACAAUAUGGCCACCAUAUGACUCAUCCUUAUUCGGUAAAGAGCUUUGAACACUUCGACGUAUUGAAAGAGUUCUUGAACGUGAACAAAUGGACGGUGCCUGAUUUUCUCAAGAUUUUAACACCCUGUGCGAAUAUGUUUGAGUCCUGCUGGUGGAGUGCUGAACGUAUAGAUUGCAAUAAAUACAUGGAGGCAACACAUAGCGCUUACGGGAUGUGCUGCUCCUUUAAUUAUCGCCUCGCCGAGUACAUAGGAGCGGAGAAAGGACAGCAAAAAUUGAAGCUCCUGAGCUCCCCCGAUUUCGGUCGAUGGAGUGGUUUGAAACUGGUGAUCGAUAAGGAAAUGUUUGCUGUCGAGGAUAACACAGAAGACUUUAUGAAAAUCACUUAUACCAACGGCAUAAUGAUACUUACACAUCACAGUAUGGAUUAUCCAGGACUCAACUCUAAUGCGUACAUUUUGCGAGCGAAUACUGAAUUGGAGAUCCCCAUAAAACCGGUGAGCAUUGUGAAACCAAAAGGUUUUCACCAUCGCAACAGAGAGAACCAAUUAGUGCCCCUUUGUUUCACGGACAAGGAGAACCCCUUGGAAUACUUUCCCGCCUAUCGAAACUCGAACUGUUACGUUAACUGUCGAAUCAAGCUCAUGAUCCAGAUCUGCGGAUGCGUACCGUUCAUCUUCGACCACAUAGCUGAAGCCUUCGACAUCCCACACUGCGAGCUAGAUGGCCUGCAGUGUAUUCGAAAGAACCUGAUCUACAUAGGCGUCGCGAAGGACAUUCAAAAUAAGAAUUUCCAUUGCGCCUGCGGUGUCCCUUGCGAAGACGUGGAGUACAACGGGUUGCCUAACUCGAUACCCCUGAUGAAAGCUAACUUCUCUAGAUCAAGGACAGAAGGAACGGCCACCGUCAGAGUCUACAUGUACUCUCAAUUCUACCAAAUACUGGAAACACUCCCAGCGGCUGACAAAACUUACCUCUUGGCGUCAAUCGGCGGAAUAUUCAGCCUGUUCCUCGGAUGCAGCUUCCUCAGCCUCAUAGAAAUCGUUUACUUCGCCUAUCUAUUCUGUCGUUCUCUUUGCUCGCGCUGCAAAACGGAACCUCAAACUAAGCAAAUACCCCACGAAAAUCCCCCGAACAGACGUCGUUACGUCUAUUAA